AUGGCCCAAGGCGAGAUCAAGAGAAAGGCAGCGCCGACUGCCACCAGAGCGAAGCCUACCAAGGGCCAGAAAGUCAAGAAGCCGAAGUCAACCAAGGCCGACAAGCUGCAGAAGAAGUACACUUCGGGCAUGGUCGCCAAAACCGAAGCCCUGCUGGGUGAACGCGCCGGACACCUGGAACUGAUCGGGAAAGGCAAGAAGGCCAAGAAGGAUGAAAAGCACAAGGGUGGUUCGAAGAAGUUUGGUUGA